CGAAACAUCUCAAACCUCCUCUCGCACAUUUAGCUUACCCUCCUGUCUUGGAUUUUCACGAUCGCCUCCACUUCUGCUUACUCGCCGGCCGAACCCUCUAUACUACAUAAUAAUUGUUGUACCAUUUUUCUGGCGAGAGUAUUUCCCCCCAGGACCCCACCAUGAAUUGCCCAACCCGUGAUUCGAACCCCUUGAAUCUUGAUGGAUUCAACCAAAACCCACCCUACCUUGCGCCGGAGCUUACUACAAGAUCGUCCCUCGUCUGCGGCGGCAAAUCUGAUGGAACCUACAAUCUACCACUACACGUGUUUGCACUUUUUAUAGUGCUAUUUCAAAGCAUAUUAUCAUGCUCGGUUCCGUUGAUUGUGAAGAGGUUCCCGCAGUUACGGGUCCCGCGAAAAUUCCUAUUUCUGUCCAGACAUUUUGGCACUGGCGUUCUUAUUGCUACAGCUUUUGUCCACCUCUUACCUACCGCUUUCACUUCUCUGACCGAUCCAUGCCUGCCACCCUUCUGGAACAAAGGGUAUCCUGCGAUGGCGGGUCUGAUUGCCAUGGUAGCGGUUUUUGUGGUUGUUUCGGUUGAAAUGAUAUUCUCGCCCCGCCACCGACGAAGUGCUAGUAUCGGUACUCAGUUGCAAAGGAUAGAGAGAGCAAGAGCCCGUGUAGACCUGGAUGCUAUGCCUUCCUCCUCAGCGGAGGAUCUUUCGGCUGACACUGAUCAACUCUUACGGGAUGACGAUGGGAGGCAUAAUAUUGGCAAUAUUGGCGGUCGUUUAACCGAAGCACAACUGCAGCAGAAAAAUUUACUGCAAGUAAUGUUACUGGAGGCUGGUAUAUUGUUUCAUAGUGUUUUCAUUGGCAUGGCUCUCAGCGUUGCUACUGGGUCUAAUUUCGUUGUAUUAUUGAUUGCUAUUACUUUUCAUCAAACCUUCGAGGGCCUAGCACUUGGUUCCCGCAUCGCGGGCCUAAAAGCAUUCGACAACGGUUCCUGGAAACCAUGGUUAAUGUGCUUGGCAUAUGGUACCACAACUCCCAUUGGGCAAGCAAUCGGUCUCGCAACCCGGAAGCUAUAUGACCCCGCGUCUCAAACCGGUCUGUUAAUGGUCGGAAUCAUGAAUGCAAUUUCGAGUGGACUACUUUUGUUUGCUGGCCUCGUCGAGUUACUAGCGGAGGACUUUCUCAGCGAUGAGAGUUAUGUUGUUCUUACUGGGAAGAGAAGAUAUCAAGCUUGUGGAGCAGUGGCUGCUGGGGGAUUCGGCAUGGCGCUCAUUGGCGCUUGGGCUUAGAUGAAUUCCCAAUCAUAGACGGUACAAAGGAGUUUUUUUUUGGUCACUUUUUGCAUACUUACUCACUUUUUGUAUCAUAUUACCCCUGAAUUAUGAACCAGGUUUUUUUUUG